AGCAGCACAAAUAAAAAAGCCUCGAAAAGUAAAAUAGGUACGAUGGAGUGGGCAGCCGCGCAGCAGCAGCAGCACCACUGCUUCCUGGCCCGAUUUACAAGCCCAGAUCCCCAGGUGCAAGCCUCCAAUCUACACCAGCUGGACGCCCUUGCACAGCACCCGGACGCCCUCCUUUCGGUCUCUGCUAUUGUGUGUGAUGGCUCCAGCUCUCCCACUGUGCGGCUUUCCGCGGCCACAGUGGUCCGUCAGCUUCUUCGCCGACAAACUCGGCUUUCCUUCUACCUGGGUUCAAGCAUGAAUGGCACAAGCACGGAGACCUCCCUUCACCAAUUAAUCGCGGACCUUCUGCCAUCCUCUCUCCAGCCUGACACUUCCGCUUUUCCAGCUCCGCUACGGCGGGCCACGACGAGUCUCAUUGCUACUUUGCUGAAAGCAGCCGCUGCGGAUUCGGCGUGCUUUGCGGCCGCGACGUCUGCGUGGGACAACCUCCUCUGCCACCUUCUUCACGUCACUGCACAGGCCGGAUUGUCGUCUGCUCCUAAUGACAAUGCGCACAGCACCGCGAGCUUAGGCGCUGGCGCGCAGACUGCGGCCCUUCUACGAGAAAUGUGUGAGGUGGCGCUGACGGCGUCGCGUUCGCUGCGUGAGUGGGUGGGCGGACAGCAGUCGCAGAGCGCCGCUUUGUGCACCCUCUUUUCCCAGCAGCUGCAGCUCCUGCGAUCGGCCCUGAGCCCUCACCUCAACUGCAAUCCCGAAGAUCCCUUACAUACCCGCGCACUGGCCGCGUGGAUGGAAAACCUCUUAGCUGCCUUUUCCUCCUGCAUGGAGUCCGGCGUGCUGCCCUCGACAACGCCUGACUUCCUCGACAACGUACAUUCCGAGUCGGGGGACGGUCCCGCGGUGCAAUCACUGAGGGAAGUCUCCGCCGCAGUCGCAGGGAUACACUCCGACAUACAGGACAUUGCGUUAACUCUCGUGCUGGUGCCGUUUGCGUCGUGGAGUGAAGGUGUAAGCACAGUGGCCGCAAUUCCACCUCUGCCGCAUCCUCUGCAGUCCACAGCACCCUUUGUCGUAGCGGCGAUGCGUUACAUGGCGGACGCCGUCCUGAUGGAACCCUUCGACGUCCUCAACGGGCGCUUUCAACGUGCCGCAGUACCACUGCUUACUGCGUAUUGCCAGAGUGCGGCUUCCACGCAACUUGUGUAUGACGGUGUGGGAGACGCAGCCAGCGUUCACGCUGCCGUGGUGGCGAGUGUGAGCUACGCUGCACAGUUGGUUCACGUAGAGCACUUUCUCGGUCUUCCAUCCGUUCGAACGGAAAAACCAGGCUCCUACGAUACAACUAGCAUGACCGCCUCGUACGUGGCAUGUGUGCACUGCAUGCUGACCAGCGCCGCCACAUUGCCACCGUCGAUAGCGGGGCAACUUCACGAGCACACGGUGCAAGAGCCGGACAGUGCAGCGGAGAUGUUGGUGACAUCCGCUUCUGCACGACGUCGAGGACAACGUGGUCGACGCGUCGACGGAGCUAACACGGACAGAGAGUUUGGUGAUGUCAGCGGCGGUGGUAACGAAGGAGAAGAGCAGGAAGGGUCGGAAGAGUUCACCAUGGCAGACGCAUUGGAAGCCCAACUACCCGACAACGGCACGCUGCGCCAGGCUGUGGCGUGGUGUGCCAACAGCCUCACGUGCAAUGCGGAGUGGAUGGCUGCUUUGAUGCCGCUCGUCCUCGCACCCCUGUCGCCGUCUCCGCCAGCGCAGCUGUCUGAUGUGUGUGCGAUGGAGUCGGCGCUCUUCGUGUGCAACGAAACGGUCGACAGCAUUCUCGCUGACAUGGGCAUGACAGCGGCAGCCUCUGGUGAACAGCUUGCCGUUCAACUGAGCAAUGUGCUGCAGCUUCUUCCGCCGUCAUCGUCGGACGCAUCGACGCUGGCGCGUGCGCCGUUCCUUCUUCGAUUACAGGCGGUUCGCUUUCUGGGACGACUGGGAAGUGGACUGAUGGAGGCGUGGAGGGGCCUCCGCGAGCACGCGGGAGACGCUGGCGACCGCGCUGCCGAAUUUCGCACGCAGCGGCUGGCGCAUUACACACAUACUGCACUGAGCCCCGCUGGUGGGAUGGAAGGAGUGCUGUGGACGCUUACACAGGUACUGAACGUGGAGGUGAACAAAGCCGUCCAGGUGGAGUGUGUUCGGGCGAUCACCUCGCUCAUUACCGACUGCGUUCGCACUCUCACAGACGUUGCUCGCACUGCUGGAAAGCGGAGCACCACUGGCACGUCCGACCUCGAAGAAGAAUCACUCGAUGACAGCAGCAACAGUGAGGGAGACGAUGCUCCACCCAACAAUCCUGCGCACAGCCCAGAUAUGAGUGCUGCGUCGAUGCAGCACGUUACUUUGCUCUUCCAAUCGCUGCGUCUCACUCCUGGCGUCGUCGCCCUCCCACAGACCCUCCACCUAAUAAGCCAGAGUUUGCCCCGCUUUCAGUGGAGCGUGCGUCAGUCGAUCUACCGUCUUUUCAGUGAGGCGUUUCCAGCACUGUGGACCUUCUGUCAACAGAAGUCAACAGAGCCGUGGGCGGGCGGGGACGACGCUGCCGCCGCGUCCACCCAAUUUCUUGUCCGCACCGUCACCGCGCAGGCAUUAGAAGUCCUCGCAGCUCACUACAUGCACCUUCUCGCUGACAUCCGCACCUCUCUCUUUGAGAUGACGUCGCUGCUCUCCUGCAUGGCCGACGUGGCGACCGUGAUGGAUGCCGCAGCGUUGGAAACGGUUCUACCUUGGAUCCUUCAAGUGGCACACCACGUGCUGAGUCUCUACGCCGAGUACCUCGCUGGCUAUGUGCGCAAUGCAGACGGUACAAGCGGCAACACCACGCAUGCCUCCUUUGAGGAUGCCGCCGUCGACAUGACCGAUAUGUGCAUGGUGAGUCUGGACCUUAUGAGCUGCGUCUGCGACGGUCUGCUAGACCGCGAUGCCCUCCUCGCCCUUCAGCUGUGCCCGCAGAAGCAGGCGGAGGCGGCUGCAAUGGACGCACGUGUCAUGGCGCUCGCCGCUGUUCUUCUCUACCCAGCUGCCUCUAUCAACAGUCGCGGUGGGUCAUCGGGCUCCUCGUGCCCUGUGGAUGACGCACUCCCAAAUCGAUGCGUAGCACUGCUGACGCUUUGUCAGUCUCGGCCUGACCACCCGUUACAUGUGGCACUCGCAGCGCCUGCGACGGCAAUGGGCCCACAAGAGGAAUCUGCUGGCGGCACGGCUGAUGAGCUCGGUGAGGUUCGACGAGCCUGCUUUGCCAUUCUCUACGACUGCACCUUUCUUCUCGCCUACUCGGGAUCUCUCUACCGCCCGUUUUCCACGCAGAUACGCCGCACCGCCAGCGGGGACGGUCUCUCCGAUGCUCUUGGCAACGAUUUAUUUACCUUGUGCCUCCGCGAAGUAAUGCCGCACGGAGCUGCAGAGGCGGGGAUAUCGGAGCGCAGAGUGGACGCGGAAGAACUCAAGGCAGUGCUCACGCAAAAUGUUGCCGCCUCCGACGCCUUAUUGUGUCUUGGUGCCCUGCUGAGUCUGUGGGACCAGCAAAGCUGUGCGGCGCAACGAAAAGAUCUCCUCCACGCUGAAGCUCACUCGGACGUUCCGCAUGCCAGCGAGCGUGUUCGAGCAAGUCGCCCGGCGUCACUGCUUUCGCCUGCUUUCGAUUCCACUCCACCACAGUCGUGGCAGUACGUACAGCACGUCUUUGAAAGCCUCCUCUCGUUGUUGGCGGACGCGAAAUUUGCAGCGGGAUCGUAUUUGAGGCUCAACAUGACGACUGCCGUGUGCGGGUUGGCGACGCUGCUGGCCAGUAGCUCCUUUUCCUCCUCCUCCGCUGACUCCACUCUGCAGCAGCACCGUCUCUCUCACCACAACCUUGUGGCACUCUUUGGUGUCGUCUCCAGCAGGCGUGUUCGCGAGUACGCACCCGAUGCUGCCAGCGGGGAAGCAGAAGGCAUGGGUGAGGCGGGGAUGAUUCUGUGGUGUUUAGGACGGGUGUGGCAGGACGCAGCGCAGCCGCUGCCGCACGACGCUCUUUCUGCGUUGUUGCGUGCUCGAGGGAAUGACAUGGCCAAAACGGCGGCGUGGCUUUUGCGGUGCAUUACAACCCACACCAACUCUCUUCCACUACCGAUGUGCCCCUUCUGGGCCUCGCUGCUUGAACUCUGGCGUCCCGCUGCGCUCUCUGUUGCGCAAGCGGCACAGGCCGGUGUUCUUGCGCUGACGCUGACCCAGUCGUCUGUGUUACACCAACUACUGCAACUUUAG